AUGACCCUCUGGCGAGAGUUCGGUCUCCAAUUGCGGCGCGCCUUGCCAAAGGCCACCGCUGGCGAUAUGUGCCUGGCUCAAUCGCGGAGAUACGUCAGUCAUUCGGCAACGCCGUGGAGAACCGGAGAAGUCGCAAACACACACCGGUGGGGUCUGGGUACACAAAACGGCCUGCGCCCUUCCUCGCAAGGGUGGAAGACAGCUCAGCGAUGCUUUUCGGCCUCGUCGCAAGCAGCCCACGGCCAUAUUACACCACCGAAGCCUGGCGAGGAAAUUAAUGUCACCUUCAUCGACAAGGAUGGUGCCGAGGUCAAGCUUCAGGUUGCCGAAGGCGACAAUCUCCUAGAUGUUGCCCAGGCGAAUGAUCUAGAGAUGGAAGGCGCUUGCGGUGGCUCAUGUGCCUGCUCGACCUGCCAUAUCAUCGUUGACGAGCCCGAUAUGUUCGACAAGAUGGAAGAACCCUCAGACGAUGAAAAUGAUAUGUUAGAUCUGGCUUUCGGUCUGACCGAGACCUCGCGACUGGGAUGCCAGGUGAUCAUGAGCAAAGACCUAGAUGGACUGGUUGUACGCUUGCCGACGAUGACCCGGAACCUUCAGGCAAGCGACUUCGAGCAGAAGUGA